UAUAAAUAAAAAUUCAUAAAUUCAAAAUCACCAACGACAGAAAAAUGGCAAGCAUGGCAUUUACAAGCAGCCUCACUAAGCUCCAAGCUGCCAACAGGCUCAGUUUCAUCCUGCCCAAACCUUGCGCCUCAAUGGCUUUCUUUCCUGUUUCGAACACACCCAAUUUCCGUGCAAACAGGCGUUAUGGAGCCAUGGCGUAUGAUGAAGCUGGUGAGGCGGCCAAACAAGGCCGUGAUGCGGCCAAGAAAGGCGUAGAUGCCGCCAAGAAGGGUGGCCAGCAAGUGAAGAAAGAGGCUGCCUCAGCCAUGAAUAAUGCCGGCGAGAAAAUAGAGGACAUUGCCGGGAAGGUGCCGGGAACCGCCCAGGAGGCCGCCGGCAAAGCCAAGCAGACGGCGGCUGACGCCGCCGAAAAAGUGAAGCAGACAGCGCAGGACGCGUGGGGGACCGUUAAAGACACCGCGCACAACAUCAAAGACACGGUGGUUGGCAAGGCGGAGGCCGCCGCCGACUCUGCUAAAAACGCCGCUGGAGAGGCUAAAACUACCAUUCACUCUCACAAAUGAACACCCACUUUAUUUAUUAAAUAAAUUCUACAUGUUGUAUUUAAAUUUCAUUGAAGAUAGAUUUUUAAUUUUUUUUUUUUAAAUUUAGGAAUAAUGAUUUUGGGCCCUGAGAAAAAGAGGCGCUAGAAUCUAGUUUUGUUAGGAGCAGAUAGUGAUGUGCUGAUGAUGCAUCCAUGGUCUUGUGGGUCUUAUUACUUUAUCUCUGUUAACUCAUUCGUAUUUUCCUUUGCCUUUUUCUUCUAAUUUUCGAUAAUCACCCAAUGUAUAUUUUAUAUUUAUGUUUGUUAAAAAAAGGCAAGUGAUAAUAGAAUGACACUAUCAUUUCUUGUGAUGUGUAGUUAUACUUUGUCG